AUGUCUUUCGCCGAUCUUUCCAAGAGCUUGAGCGACAUCGAGCGCAAGGUCAACAAGUCGAUCAAGAUUCUCGGCAAGGGCAAUGACAUGAACUACAAGGAUGCCAUCAAGCUGGGCACCAAGUCGAACUCAAUCGUCAGCACGAUCAACAAGGGUAUCAAGGACUACUCGACCUUCACUCCCUCCGAAGACGAAGCCAAGAAGCUUCUGGGCCAGAUGAACACCAUCGUCGACCUCACCGAGACUCAGCUUAAUGCCAUGGUAUCGAACCAGGCUCGCUUCGAGAGCUUGAAGGUCGGUGGCCUCGUGAAGAAGAACGUCACCAAGACCGAGGCUGCGGGCAAGGAGCUCUCUGCGGUUAUGAUUUCCAAGGCCCCUGCUAGCAUCAAGGGAGAUGCUGAGGCGCUUGAGAAGAGGCGUGAGGCUGCAUUCAGCAAGGCAUCUGGAGCUUUUGCUGGGUCCACAGGCGGCGAGGACGAGCAACUCGGAGACGAUUCCGACUAA